AUGUUCGCUUGCCACACCAUCAUUGGCGUCAUCGCCAGCCUCGCUAUGCUUGCGGCCCCUGUAUCCGCCCGCACAUGGGCUGGCGGCGUUGAUAUGAACGCGGCCUGUGUUAGCCAGUGGGGUGUAUCAAUUCAUGCUCAAAACGACAAAGCAGACAAUGCUGCCAAUAGUGCCUACGACUGGUACUGCACGGAUGGCAACAAUCAAAGGAACCUUGACGUCGGUGCCUUUUGCGCCGGCAGAUACGGCGGUAACGCCUACGCUGACCCUCAGGGCAAGAAGAAGUACGACUGGGGCUGCUACUACCCCUAA